AAAAAAAAAAUUGAGCUAAAGCUACUUUUUAUAGUUAGUAUACUACUAUAAAACUUUCUUCUAUCAUCAUUCAUGUUAUUCUAGAAUUUUUCCAGGUUGGAACUAAAGAAUCUCAGCUUGGAUUGCUUCCUAUCGGUGUUUUAAAUUUGUGUAAAUAGAUUUAUAUAAUCAGGGCGAGGUUGUAUGAACCAUUUUCCGUAGUUCGUGGGUUAUCGUGUAAAAAUUGAUUAGUUUGAGGGGCUUUUAAAAAAUUGUUUGUGGAUAUGAAAAUUAGCAGUUGAUGAUAGUUGGGUUCUUGAGAUAUAGAUAGAGAGAAAAAAAGCAAAACACCAAAUCCGAUGUCCUUGAAUCCGAGCUUCAAACAAGAUCGAAGUUCUGAUCCAACCAAAAGGCAUGAGACUGAGAAAGAAACUAGUGCUUCUAGGAAGCUAGAAGAGAAUAAUAAUAAUUCAAAGUCAAUUCAAGAUCCUGAGGAAAUGCAGGCACUUUACUCAAGAGUGAGAUCACAGGAGGAAGAGAUUCAUAAUCUCCAGGAACAGAUUGCUGCUGCUUGUUUGAAGGAUAUGCAGCUGCUGAAUGAGAAGUGUGGGUUAGAGAGAAAAUGUGCUGAUCUCAGAGUGGCUAUUGAUGAGAAGCAAAACGAAUCUGUUACAUCGGCGUUGAAUGAACUGGCUCGUCGAAAAGGUGAUCUUGAAGAAAACUUGAAGCUGGCACAUGAUUUAAAGGUUACAGAAGACGAGAGGUACAUUUUCAUGACGUCCUUACUUGGUUUAUUAGCUGAGUAUGGUGUUUGGCCUCGUGUUGCUAAUGCUACUGCUAUAUCCACCGGUAUAAAGCACUUGCAUGAUCAGCUGCAAUGGAAGAUUAAAGUUUGCAAUCAGGAUAGGAUUAGGGAAAUGUCAUCAGGAACAGAGUUUACUAGUAAAGACAACCAACAUGAUCCCAGAAUCUCGAAAGGUCAAGCUUCUUAUGGAUCCACGGAUCAUGGUACUAAUAAUGAUUACCAGAUCAAUGAACAGCUAUUGCCACCAAUGGACAAUGUUACUAGAAACCCGUAUCAGAACCUUACUCAAGACACUGAAUCUUUGAGGUUUCAUAAUCAGAUUGGUGGUGGAUCACAGCAGCCGAAAAGGGAAAGUUUUGGAUAUCCUCUGAGUAGUGUGGCGGGGAAGGAAAUGAUCAGAGAGAGAGAAGAGAAAGCUGAGAGUUCUUCCAUGUUUGAUCCUUUUAACAGGAAUGAAGAAUACGCUUCUCAUGUUUAUGAAGAUGGACCUGGAAUAGAUGGAUUUCAGAUUAUUGGAGAAGCAAUACCUGGAGAGAAAGUUCUUGGUUGCGGGUUUCCAGUGAGAGGAACCACUCUCUGUAUGUUUCAGUGGGUUAGGCAUCUCGAAGAUGGCACAAGACAAUACAUUGAGGGAGCCACACAUCCAGAGUAUAUAGUAACCGCGGAUGAUGUAGACAAACUGAUUGCUGUUGAGUGUAUUCCAAUGGAUGAUCAAGGCCGUCAGGGUGAAUUAGUGAGGCUGUUUGCUAAUGAUCAAAACAAGAUUAGAUGUGAUGCAGAGAUGCAAACAGAAAUCGACACGUAUAUAUCUCGAGGUCAAGCAAGCUUCAAUGUGCAGCUCCUGAUGGAUUCAACAGAGAGUUGGGAGCCUGCGACUGUUAUUCUGAAGAGGUCUAGUUACCAGAUUAAAACCAAUAACGGUGAAGCUGUGGUGAUCUCAGAGAAAUACUCAAAGGAGCUCCUGAUAAAAGUACCGUGUGGAGAGUCGACACAGUUUGUUCUGAUAAGUUAUGAUGGAUCUUCACAUCCUAUUAGCACUCUCAACGUUCGCAUGCGUGACACGCUAGUCUUGACGAUGAGAAUGCUUCAGAGCAAGGCACUGGACGAACGCAGAAAAGGACGAGUUUGAAGUUAGUGUGACUACUGACUACAGAACAGAUCCAUCCUCGAUUCCUUCAAUUUUGUGAUUUUAUGUUUUUAAUUAUUGAGCAAUAAUUGCUAUAAACUAUUGUUUCGUAUGUUAUUUUUGUCGCUUAGUU